AUGGCCAUAGUUGACGCCGCAAUCAACCAUCCGCUGGCGCUAUCGGCAGAAAACGUGGUCGCGGUCGACCCGAUCGCGGUCUCGCAGAAGACACCGUCGACAGAGCCAGAGGAUAUCCUGCAGGACGACGACCGGGUCAGAAGUUCGGCCAGGAACGAUUCUUGGCCGUCAGAACCGGAAACUGGGACAGAGGACAGCAAGCCGCAAGCAAAUAAGGGACGCCGCCGCUUCACGUUCUGGUGCAGGACAAUGCGGUUUGUCGGCCGUAUGUUUUGUUGCGGCGCCUAA